AUGAUUUAAAGUCUUGGAAGAUAAGUUUUAAUGUGUGGAGAUGGAGCAAAUGAUUGUGUAAUUAUUUUUCAUUAAAUAUUAUUAGUCAGCUAUUUCAUAAGCUUAAGUAGGAAUAUCAUUUAGUGAAGCUGAUGCAUCAUAUACAGCUCCUUUUAGUAGUAAAUCUACUUCAUUAGAUUGUGUAGUUAAGGUACUAUUAUAAGGUAAAGCAGCUACAAUGACCAUUAUUGAAGUUUUCUAAUAUUAAAUUAGCGUUAAUACAUUAAAAUUCAUAGCUGUUUUAUUUACAUUUUUAGAAGCUGAAACAUUUGCAGAUUUUUAAUUCACUUAUACAAGUAUUAUUUCAAACAUUCCAUUACUGAUAUUUUUAUGUCUGUCUGGUCCAUCUGAUACUUUAGCUAAAUAUAAUCCUUUAGAUGAUUAAUUUGCCAUUUAUAAUUAAAUUUAAAUUCAUAACAAUUUAAUUUGGGGAUCAGCUGGGUAUUAUAAUAUAUUCAUUAUUAGAUUAAUAAUUAAUUUUUUUAUAUCAUAAGCAGUCAGAGAUGUACAUACAUGUGAGUUUAAUGAACCUAUUACAAAUUGUAUACCAAAACCAAUUGAAGAAUUAAAAAAAACAGGAGAUAUUUAAUCUGUUAUGUUUAUGAGUUUAAUGUUCUUCUUUAUGACAUUUGCAAUCAAUCUUUAUAUCUCAAAUCCAUUCAAAUAAAGAUAUUAUAGAAACUAUUUAUUACUCUUAUGGACGAUAUUAGGAUUCAUCUUAUUUUUUGUUUCAGCUAUAUUCCCAACUGGUGGAAAAUGGGCUAAAUUAAUUAAUGUUAAUAAUAAUGCGUAUCAUUUUUUAAUUAUUUUUUAGUUUUAAAGGAUAUAAUUGGAUAAUGAUAGCUGUUGUUGUAAUUGCCUCCUUUUUUGGAUUUAUUACUUAGGCUUUAUUACAAAAAUAUCUUCCUUCAAAAAAGAAGAUAGAAUUUUGA